AGAAAUAAUUGCAAGUGGCAAAGUUGAGCGGAAGUGGAGAGACAGCCGGAAAUCGAAUAUUGAAACAUGCGUCUUCAGAAAUGAGUUAAUUUACAUGCUGAAUUGGCGCUAAUGCGAGAGAAAUUCGCGCCGUAAAAUGGCCCACGAAAAAUUGGCUACUAGGAAGCUGAAAGCCAACUUUGAUCUGCGGCACGUGUGUGAGUUGGCCCAAACUGGCUGUAGGUGCUCAUUUAGCUGUGGGCAAGGAUUUCGGACGAAAAGCAAAACCAGCGAGUUGGUUGAGUAAUGCUGAGAAAGUGAGCCACCUCGAGCCCAAAAUCCCAAUAAAUGUAAAUGUAUGAAACUUAAUUAGCGCCCAAGGGAGUGCAGCUCCACUAGAAUUCCGUUGCGUCAUGGACGGAUGGGUGGCCAUUAAAGGUGUAGUAAAGUAAAUUUGCAGUUGGCCAGCAGCCAAGUUCAAGCUUAAAACUAAAAAGCAAAAAAAGUCAAAAACUAAAAAAACAAGCCGAGAUGGCCAUAAUGAGCUUUCAUUCAUCGCCAACUGACAACAACCACAUCUGCAGCAUCUUCGUCGGCCCAUGGUCUUAUGCUUUUGUCUUCGGCCAGGAAACCUCGCAACGUUCGUGGCUCAGUCUGCAUCGAGCGUUCAGACGGUUUGGUUUGGUUUGCUUUUGGUUUUGGUUCAGUUCUCCUCUGCCAGCGGUUAGCCGCCCCAGCUUAAGCAGAAAAAUCACCAAAAAAAAAAAUCACAAAAUCUAACUAACUCUGAGCCGCGAAAAUUAUCGGCCGGUGUGAACUCUGUUGUCCGCUAAUUCGAAAAUAACGAUUCGAAAUUUGGCAAUUAAUCGAAAAUAAAGUGCAACGAGAAACGGCCGACAGCCGACAGCCAGCGGCAUAUUGGCAUUAUACAAAUCAAAUGUAUAUAAUCCACAUACAAUAAAGGAAACUUUAACAGCUAAUUCGCAUUUGAUUAGUUUAUGUUUCUGUCUCGAUUCGAAUAUUACGAUUUGAUUGCGUGCAUCGUCCAAAAGCGAAAUAGAGAGUGUGGUGGAGUGGUCAUCAAACCAUCGGAUUACUGCGCUAUUAAAUUGGAUACAAUUCCCCAAGAUACAUAGCCACAAUGCUGGUGAGACAUUUGAACAGCCUGCCUUGGGCUUUGCUGGCGGUUCUUCUGCUGGCUGCUCUAAAGCUCCAUGUGACCAAUGCGGAAUCCAGUGGCGAUCAAAAGGAGGUGGAGAGUGCCAGCACGGAGAGCAACGAGAUCAUUCCCAGGGAGGCCAUUCAAAAGCUGGACUACUCUGUGAGGCAGGCCUUACUUCGGGCCAUUGAUAAGCUGGAACAGGAGGAGGCGGCUGCCACGGAGAGUGGUGAGGAAACUACCAGCAGCAGUGGUUCCCAUUCCCUACUCCUUCGAGCAGAGACCUCCACUUUGCCAUCGCACCGCGACAAGGAUGAGAUUCUGGAGGAGAGCACCAGGGGAAACGAUCCGGAGCCAGUGGUGCCCACUGUCCAAUUUUACACGGCCACCUUUGACGAGAAGAAUGCCCAGGAGCAGCUGCUCUCCUCCUUCAUCGAUCGCUCCAAGCUGUGGAAGAAGACCACUAUCCGGAAACUGAAUCAACCCGCCGCUUCCCUGUCCCUUGAACCAAAAUCCGCGGAGGCCGAAGGUCCAGAGAAUCGCCAGCUCACCCGGAGCGUGGAUAGCUCCAUUUCCGGAUCCGUGAGCAGCAAUGAGAUCUCCCACGACAGCGGCAGUCACGAGAUCAAAUUCGAGAUCAGCAAUGUGCGAAAGACCACCACGCCCACGACAACCACGUCCACGAGUACGACCACAACCACUACGCCCAGACCCCGCACCACCAGACGUCGCACCACCACAACGACGACGACGACAACCACAACCACUCCUAGGCCCACCCACAAUGAGGAUGGGGAGAACAUAGAGCUGGUGGACAAGCAGGACAUUCGCAUCCAGGAAGCGCCCCUCGUGACCGCUUUCACGGUGGAUCUGGACGAGCGUGGCACGGCUCAAAAGUUCCGCCCAUUGCUGGCGGGCAACCAGCUCCAUCAGCGCACCAGCAACUUUGCAGCACCUCAGCAGCAGCAGCAGCUGCCCCACAUCGGACCAACCAUCACUAAGCUGAAUGUUUUGGAAACAGAGCCACCGGCUACUCCGCUGCCCACACAGUUCCCACCCACCGGCGGCAGCAGCUCCACCACCCAGAUCAGCACGAGCACCAGUGCCGGCGGUGGUUUCUCCACCACUCCCGCCUUCCUGGCCAGCUCCACAAGCAAUUAUGUAAAGCAGGAGCCUCUGAACAGUCUGCCUGAGCCACCCAGUGUAAACAACUACCUGAUCGAGCGACAACGAGCUCUGGAGCAGCAGAUCUACCAGCUGAAGGUCCAGGCACAACAGCAACAGGCUCUAAUCCUGCGCCAACUGAAGCUGCUGGAGGAGCAGACCCAGAGCCGUUUCCAGGGCUCACCGAUUGCCCAACCCAGCACUUUGCAACCACAGCACCAACAGCAACAGCAGCAACUGCCGCAAGUACAGCAGCAACAGCAACAGCAGCAGCAGCAACUGUCGCAAGUACAGCAGCAACAUGGUCCGCUGGAGGCCAUUCAGACGGGUCUGCAACCGCCCACUUUGGGCGGUGGUUACUCCAUAAGACCUUCGGUCGAAUUUAUACCCAGCACACAUACCAAGACUGUUAUUUAUCCCACAUAUCCAAUUGAGCAGCAAUUGCCACUGCGCGAUGCCGUUUCGGGUCAUAAAUUCGCCCUGCACAAUGGCAACAUAAACGCGAAUAACUAUCAGAAGCCGCCAGCGAAUGCAGUCCAGCAGAUUUUCCAAAAUUUGCAGCAAUCUCUGCAGAAGGCGAACGAAAACCCCCAGGUCCAGCCCUCUAAUCAGUUCAACUUUGCACCGGCCGAGGCGUCGCAACUUCAGGCCUUGCCCCAUAACAAUUACAAGCCAUUUCAACAGCAGGUGCAGCAGCAGCAACAGUUGCUGGUGCCCAACUACGUCAGCAAUGCGGUGUUCCACCAGCAGCAGCAGCAACAGCAGCAGCAGCAGCAGCAAAGAGCUCGGCAAUUCCGCCAGGAGACUGGAGUGGGUAACUUCGGGUUAAACUCAAAUGUGGAGAUCCAGCCUAGCAACUCCUUUGCCACCACGAUUGUUAGCCAGCAGCCUGGCCUCAAUGCCAAUCCCAGCCUGGAGAACCAGAACUUCUACAGGCAGCACUUGACGCCCCAGUUGAGCAACCAGUUGCAGCAAAACGCGCAGCAAUAUCUGCAGCAGCAACAGCAGCAGCAACAGUUGCAGCAACAGCAGCCAAAAGCCAGCGGCGACAUUAGUCCAGGUAAUGCACACUUUAAGAGCAGACCGAGUGGCCCCAGUGGCAAUCAUCUUAGUCAAUUUAGCAGCUUAAGAAAUCUUGAUGAAUUGAAAGUAAUCAGUAAAGUUUUAGCUCUCAACCAUGGGAUACCGCAGUUCGCAUCACAAAACCUGCACUUCAACGGGUCAUUUUGAGCACUUGCACCACCAAAAAAACCACCACCAACCAGCACCACCAUCCCGCACCACAACCAGCACGAAACUCCAAACACCUCCUGCUCCUGAGUCCUUUUUACCCAGAAACAAGUAUCUACCGCCCCACACGUUGACUUAAGUUUUGCGUACAACAUCUUUGUAAAUAUACAAUCUAUUUUAAAUCCUAAGCCUCGAUCUAAGAAAAAUAUAAAAAAAAAAGAGCAGGAUGAGUAAUGCGGAGGUUAUGAGGAGGUAAUUAUGGUAAAGCAAAGUGUUUGAAAUGUAACAAUUAUUUAUUUUUUAUGUGAAUAAAGUUUAUCUUAAAGUA